CUGCUUUCUAUUCUCGUCUGUGUCUUUGAGUCUAUCGCAACUUCACUAACCGUCUUCCGGAGUGUCCAAGCUCUGCACGCGCAAGGUCAGAGCCGGAAUAAGAAGAAUACAUUCCAUUACUUAGUGCUCGAACAGGGUGUGCUCUAUUUCGGUGUGGUAUCGUUAUUUACAAUUGCGGCCGUGAUCCUUAACUUUGUAUGUUUUGGUGGCUUCUUUCAACGCCUACUGAACGCCUUUACGCUCCCGGUCUCUGGUCUCCUCACUGCGCGUUUCCUCCUCCACAUUCGUGCAUAU